AUGGCGGCCGAAAGAGAUCCCAAGCAAAACAGCGCGAGUGCAGUCGUGGACGAUGACGAGCCAGAUGAGUGGGACAAGCGUAUCUUCAGCACUGGUUGCUCUGUCGAGAACACACGCCUAAACGACUGCUUCUUUGAAAAGAAAGAUUGGAGACAGUGCAAGUCAGAGAUGGAAGAGUUCAAACAAUGCUGGAAGAAGCAAGGCAAUGACCGGAGAACUGAUCAGAAGAAUGUCUAA